GCGCCCCUCUGCCGGAGCUCCUGCCAGCUUGCUUGUUCGUAGCAGAGCCCGCGUCACCCCUUUGUCUGUAGCCUCCCCUUAGGUCUCGGAUCCCACCCUUUCCCGUGCACGUGGACGUGGUGGCACCGCAGCCAUGACGGUGGGCAAGAGCAGCAAGAUGCUGCAGCACAUCGACUACCGCAUGCGCUGCAUCCUGCAGGACGGCCGCACCUUCAUCGGCACCUUCAAGGCCUUCGACAAGCACAUGAACCUGAUCCUCUGCGACUGCGACGAGUUCCGCAAGAUCAAGCCCAAGAACGCCAAGCAGCCCGAGCGAGAAGAGAAGCGGGUGCUGGGCCUCGUGCUGCUGCGCGGGGAGAACCUGGUGUCCAUGACUGUGGAGGGGCCUCCCCCCAAAGACACUGGCAUCGCUCGCGUCCCCCUGGCCGGGGCUGCAGGAGGCCCUGGGGUUGGCAGGGCAGCUGGCAGAGGCGUACCAGCUGGCGUUCCUAUUCCACAGGCUCCUGCGGGAUUAGCAGGCCCUGUCCGAGGGGUAGGGGGACCCUCCCAGCAGGUGAUGACUCCACAGGGACGAGGCACCGUCGCGGCUGCCGCGGUGGCGGCCACAGCCAGCAUUGCUGGAGCCCCGACUCAGUACCCCCCAGGGCGGGGGACGCCCCCCACCCCUGUGGGCCGGGCAACCCCCCCUCCAGGCAUUAUGGCUCCUCCACCAGGAAUGAGACCACCCAUGGGCCCACCCAUUGGGCUUCCCCCUACUCGAGGGACCCCGAUAGGCAUGCCUCCUCCAGGAAUGAGGCCCCCGCCCCCCGGGAUCCGAGGUCCACCUCCCCCAGGAAUGCGUCCACCAAGACCCUAGGAUACUGUUGCCCUUAGUCCCUCUCCCUGCGGUCUCGUGAAGCUGUAGCGUGUUUGUGAGCUGUCCUCUGCUGCAUUGAUAUUCGCUAAUAAAUGCGUAGAGCCACCACCGAGGGGCUGUUGUA